AUGAGCUGCAGGCCCAUGGCCAAGAUGAGUGGAAUCCUUAUCCUGGGGCUCCUGCUGGCUGCCCCUAGCUGCCUCGGCUACUUGGAGGACCUGGCCAAGUGCUUCCAGGACCCUGAUUAUGAGUCAUUCCUCGUCACAGCCCAGGAGGGGCUCCACGCCUCCCCACUGCCCAAGCGCGUGGUGGUAGUGGGAGCAGGCAUGUCUGGCCUGGCGGCAGCCAAGACCCUUCAGGAUGCUGGCCACCAGGUCACCAUCCUGGAAGCCAGCAACCACAUCGGCGGUCGAGUGACCACAAUGAGGAACGAGGAAGAGGGCUGGUACUGCGAACUGGGGCCAAUGAGAAUCCCCAAAUCCCACAGGCUGGUCCAUACCUAUGUCAAAAAGCUUGGCUUGAAGCUGAACAAGUUCAUCCAGUAUGAUGACAACACCUGGUACCUCAUCCAUGGACAACGCUAUCGUGCCCGGGAGGUCGAGGCCAACCCAGAGCUCCUGGGCUACUCCGUGAAGCCCACAGAGAAGGGCAAGAGUGCUAUGGCUCUCUUCCAUCAGUCCAUCACCAAGCUCGGACAAAAUCUGAAAAUAUUCAACUGCAGUCACCUUAUGACUUUAUAUGAUUCUUACUCCACCAAGGCUUACCUGCUGCAGGAAGGGAUGCUGAGCAGAGGAGCAGUCGAGAUGAUUGGGGACAUGAUGAAUGAGGAUGUCGGAUACCACAAGUCUCUCCUGGAGUCCCUGCGGGCUGACAUCAUCUUCUCCCAGAGUGAUGACUUUUCAGAAAUUAUCGGGGGCUUCGACCAACUCCCCUAUGCCCUCAGCGCCACCUUGAAGCCUGGCACCAUCCAUCUGGGGUCCAAGGUGGAGACGGUGGUGAGGGACGGCUCUGAGGUCCAAGUGUCCUACUGCGCAGGCGAGCCCUGCUCCGAGCUGCACAACCUCACCGCCGACUACGUCCUCAUCUCAGCCUCCGCCAAGGCCACGCGCCUCAUCACCUUCCGGCCACCGCUGUCCGCGGGCAAGAUGGACGCGCUCCGCUCUGUGCACUACAACAGCGCUACCAAGGUGGUUUUGGCCUGCGACGAGCCCUUCUGGGAACGCGAGGGCAUCCGAGGCGGUGUCUCCAUCACCGACCGGCCCUCGCGCUACAUCCACUACCCAAGUCACCACCUCCCUAGCGGCAAGGGCAUCUUGGUGGCCUCCUACACUGUGGAUGACGACUCCCUCUUCCUCACCGCCAUGACUCAGGAGCAGGUGGUGGACCUCGUCUUGGACGACCUGGCAGCGGUGCACCGGAUCCCCAAGGAGGAGCUGCAGCACAUGUGCCCCUCCUCUGUGGUCAAGCACUGGUCCCUGGACCCCCUCACCAUUGGCGCCUUUGCGGAGUUCACACCCUACCAGUUUGUGGACUACUCGGGGCAGCUCUUCCAGCCAGAGGGUCGCAUCCACUUUGCUGGCGAGCACACCAGCCUGCCCCACGCCUGGAUAGACACGGCCAUCAAGUCUGGCCUCCGGGCUGCCAGGAACAUCCAGGCUGCCGUGGACGAGGAGGCCAGAGUGGGACAGGGGCCGCCAUAG